CUUUCUUCAAGGGGGAAAAAAGAAGAGCGAGAACCCAGCUUCAUUUUCCUUUUACUGGAUUUGGAUUUGGUGUGUUCGGGUUACAAACUUACAAUGGCGACUUCAGCGCCGAUAACCGACGUAGUUCAUGAUCCGAAAGAUCUCAUAAGGGGCGGCCAAGAUCAACGCAAGAAGGGCCAGAAGCGAAAGAGAUCGUCAUGGGUUUCGGAGACACUGAGCGGCGAACAAAAAGAGGCACAGAUCAAGGGAUUGGAGCAAGAGAUGGAGGGGCUUUUUAGGUGUUACCGAGAGAUGAUGGAGCAGAAAUUGGGUUUCGGAAUGGGGUACAACAUGAGAUCGGUCGACUCCGGUUGUGCUUUAAUUUCAGUGGUGGCGGUUCUGAUGGAGGAGAGCGACUUGCCGCUGUCGAAAUUGGUGGAGGCGAUUCAUGAUAAGGUCAAGGACAGAAUUGGAAAUGUGAGUUCAGCCGCGGUGAAAAGCGCCGUGUUAUUCGUAGGUCAGAGAGUGAAAUAUGGAUUGGGUGAUGAAGAUGCUGAUGUUUUGGAGGAUGAUUCUCACUCUUCUCUUUGGUGUUGGGAGAUAAGAGAUACUAAAUUUAUACCAAAAGCUCAGAGAGUCACAAUUAAAGCUCGGCGUACUUGUAGAAGGAAGAUUAAUGAGACGAUCACUGCUGUUUCUGCCAUGUUAUCUCUGUUACAAAAGCAGGAGAAUGGUAAUAACUGCAAGCGUGAUUUCGUGAAAGCAUCAGAAAAGCUAGCCAAAGUAUUAAGCGAGGCGGACAUUCGCUUGUUAAUGAGUAGCAUGUUUCAGGAGACUGGUGCUGAGAUGGCUGAGAAAGAGAAAUUGUUAAUAAAGCAACUGGAGAGAACUAAAAGGGAAAUUGAGAAGGAGAAGAAGAAAGCUGACCGCGAACUCCAGAAGGAAAUCUUGCAAAAUGAAAAGGAGAAAAAGCGAUUGCAGAAUGAAACAGAAAAGGAUGAAAAGCGUCGUGAAAGAGAGGAAGCUGAGAUGAGGAAGCAGCUGCAAAAACAGAAAGAAGAAGCUGAGAGAGAACAACGACGACGUGAGAAGGAAGAGGCUGAACUUAAAAGGAAACUUUCAAUACAAAAACAAGUUUCAGUUAUGGAACGCUUCCUCAAAAAAUGUAAAACAUCAUGUCAGAAUGGGGAAAUGACUAAGCCAACCAUAUAUACUCCAUCCACCAAAAAAAGUGAAAAUGUGCCUGAAACAAUUACCCUCUCCAUGGACAUGACUCUCUCAUCUCCAGAAGAAGCUGAUACCGAUGAUCUUCGCAAGUUGCACUUAUCUUCUUGGCGUCACUUAGGUUAUUCUCUUCGUUCGAAUCAAAAACAGUGUUGGGGGGUGCGAAUGAAACCCAAGAGAGAAUUGUUUAAGGAACUCAAGUUGACUGUCAAUAAAGAGUUAUCCCAUGAUGACUCGAGUGUCGAAAGGCUUGCAGAUGGCCGGGAAGAACAGGAUUCUGAUGAUAGAUCCUGCCAUAAUGAUGCUGAUGUUUCUGUUCAUGAUGUUAAGAAAUGCUGUGUAAGGAAGCAGUUGUUACAGUUUGAUAAAAGCAACAGACCUGCAUUUUAUGGUAUUUGGCCUAAGAAAAGUAAUGUAGUGAGACCACGAUGCCCAUGGAGGAAGGACCCAGAUUUAGACUAUGAUGUGGAUAGUGAUGAAGAAUGGGAGGAGGAGGAGCCUGGUGAAAGCCUCUCGGAUUGCGAAAAAGAUGAAGAGGAGGAAAAUUAUGAUGGAUGCUCCAAAGCUGAUGAUGAAGAUGAAAGUGAAGAUGGAUUUUUUGUACCAGAUGGAUAUCUAUCGGAAAAUGAGGGUGUAGAAGUUGACAGGAUGGAAUCUGAUGUUCCAGUUGUGGAGACCCAAACUUCCAAUAUUAGCGAACAAGACGGGCAAAAUGAGGAGUUUGGUGCAUUGCUUCGGCAACAAAAGUAUCUAAACAAUUUAACUGAGCAUGCACUUCAGAAAAAUCAACCAUUGAUUAUAUUAAAUUUAUUGCAUGAAAAGGCAUCACUUCUAAUGGCUGAAGAUCUUAAUGGUACUCCUAAAUUGGAGCAGACAUGCUUGCAAGCUCUGAGCAUGCAGGUAUAUCCUUUUGGUCCAUCCGUAGAGAUAUCUAUUGAUAGCAUGGAACAUGACAAUCAAGAAGCUUGUACGUCAAGUGGAAAGGCUGGUGCAACUCCAGCCUUAAUUCUGAAUUCAGAUUUGCCUCUUAUUGUAUCUACAAUCCAGUCAUGCUCCCAUGGUAUCAGAAGGUUGUUAGAGUCUUUGCAAGAGAAGUUUCCUGAAGUACCAAAGUCUCAGUUAAGAGAUAAAGUGCGAGAAAUUUCCAAUUUCUCUGAUAAUCGUUGGCAGGUGAAGAAAGAAAUCUUAGUGAAGCUUGGCAUGCCGAUUUCACCAGAGAAGGGUGGUGGACAUAUGAAAAGUAUAGCGACAUUUUUCUCAAAAAGGUGCUUGCCGCCUCCUGCUGAUAAGAGCCUUCCCAUUGAAACCUCACCUCUGAAACCAGGUUCUGCUGCCCAGGAGCAACAGGGUUGUGCCUUCGACCAUGCAUAAAACUAGUAGCUAUGGCCAAGUUAUUUUGUUAAGAAUGAAAAAAGGGGGCGGAUGUUGUUACUUGUGUACGGCCAAGUUUUGGAUGUGUAAUUUACAGUUACAGGACAGCCACCCCUUUACAACUCGCUUUUAAUUCUAGAAAACUUUUAAUGGAAUUUUGAAUUCAUAAAUUUUGGCGGUUGAA